AUGGCUGCAUCGACACUCGUGACUGUCGAACAAUUGGCAAUCACGGCUGCCGUUCCACACGAGAACCUCGCUAUGGCCAUCGUCCUCCUCUCCGUGGUCACUGGUAUCGGUGGCUCGAUGGGCCAAACCAUCUCCGGGGCCAUCUGGACUCAAACUUUGCCGAGCAAAUUAUACGAAUACCUCCCCGAUGAUUUCAAGGAUCAAAGCCUGACAAUCUACGGCGACCUCGUGGUGUAA